AUGGUUCUCCGACCCCCCGUUGCGGGGAUGAUUGCCUUGUGCUUGUUUACCGCCUGCAGCUCGAUCUCGGCCUCGGCCAUUCCGCACACCAACAGUCACCUGCAGGCUGUUUUCAACCACGCCGAUGAUGCACCUGCACAACUUGCUCUAGACUCGCUGGACUCUACAUCGUUUGAGAUCGAGGAUGUAGACGCCGAGACCGACACUUGGGGCCGUCCUUCCUGGUUCACUUCCGCGCUUAUGGCCCGCCGCUUGCUCGCGCUCUCUCCCUCCGGCGUUAUCUCGACUGUCUUUCCUGACACCAUUCCGCCCUCCUCUCGCACCCCAUCGUCUGUUGCUGGUUUACCUAUCGGCCUGCGGGAAUACAUCGCUGACUGUGACGGGACCCUUCCGACAGAUCUGUCGCAUGGGGACAACGGUGACCCCACCAUCCUCGCGCUGCGGGUCGCAACCACCUUUAAAAACAUCGGUGCUGGCUCCAAUCUCAGUCUCGAGCUGGACUGGUGGGACCACCUCGUCGAGGCGGGGCCCGUUUACCCCGGACUGCCCCCAAGCCCGGCCGCUCUCCCUCGAAUCACCUUGUUCGGCUAUCUUGAUACCAUCCCCGAACUGUCGACCUCGGCGACUGCUCGACUGGAAAAUUGCUUCUUGAAGUCUCAUCCCGACGCAAAAGUUUGGCUCCCCGGCGCGUCGGGCUCUCCGCAUGCCAGCUUCUGGGCUCGGUUGGUCGUCACCCAGGCCUACUGGAUCGGUGGAUUUGGUGAUGUCCAGCAGAUUGGAUGGAUGAAUGUGACGGAAUGGAAGAGUAUCCGCCAGUACGGCACCGUGAACGGAGUGGGCGAUGGACGUGGGUGGGACGACGUGCGACUGCCAGGAGAGAAGGCAUGA